AUGUGUGUUUGUCAAACCAUGGAGGUGGGGAAGCAUGGCAAGAACGCAACCCACACAGGAAGCCGAGGGGUCCUGUUGGAGCCUUUCAUCCAUCAGGUGGGCGGCCACAGCAGCAUGAUGCGCUACGAUGACCACACUGUGUGCAAACCUCUCAUAACCCGGGAACAACGCUUUUAUGAAUCUUUGCCUCCAGAAAUGAAGGAAUUCACACCUGAGUACAAAGGUGUAGUGUCUGUCUGUUUUGAGGGAGACAGUGAUGGCUACAUUAACCUGGUAGCAUAUCCGUAUGUGGAGAGCGAAACCUUGGAGCAAGAUGAUACACCAGAGAGGGACCAGCCACGUCGUAAACACUCCCGCAGGAGCCUCAACAAAUCAGGCAGUGGUAGUGAGCAUAAGGAGGAGAAAGCAGGGCUCACUUCUGAGACCUCGGAAAGCAUCCAGGACACAAAGAGCCUCAAGAGCUUCCAUUCAGAUGUUCCAUUUCAGAUGCUAGAUGGAAAUAGUAGUGUUAGUUCUGAGAAGAUCAGCUUUAACCCGUGGAGUUUGCGUUGCCACAAGCAACAGUUGAGUCUCAUGCGCUCGGAGUCUAAGGAACGAAAGCUCUACAAAUUUCUUUUGCUGGAGAAUGUGGUGCAUCAUUUCAAACUUCCCUGUGUGCUUGACUUGAAAAUGGGGACCAGACAACAUGGGGAUGAUGCAUCUGAGGAGAAGGCUGCUCGGCAGAUGAAGAAAUGUGCACAAAGCACCUCAGCUACACUAGGAGUCCGAGUCUGUGGAAUGCAGGUCUAUCAGCUGAAUACAGGGCAUUAUUUGUGCAGGAACAAAUAUUAUGGCAGAGGUCUUUCCAUUGAGGGUUUUCGCAGUGCCCUUUGCCAAUACCUGCACAAUGGCAUAGAGCUACGAAAGGACCUUUUCGAUCCCAUCCUCAGCAAAUUGCAGAGUCUAAAGGCUGUAUUGGAGAGGCAGGCCUCUUAUCGGUUCUAUUCCAGCUCCUUGCUCAUUAUUUAUGAUGGGAAGGAUACCCGAUGUGAGACAUACCUGGAACGCAAAGCAGAGGUGCGCCUAAAACAAGUGGACCUCUCCCUCGCUGACAACUUACAAGAUGUCAGCAACACAGAAUCCGUCUCCUUCCAGCCCAAGGUGGAUGUACGUAUGAUUGACUUCGCACACAGCACAUUCAAAGGCUUUCGGGAUGACCCCACUGUACAUGAUGGCCCUGAUAUGGGAUAUGUGUUUGGACUAGAGAGCCUUAUCAACAUAAUAGGACAGAUGAGGGAUGAGAAUCAGUAGCCUUGGGCUGGCCUCUUCAGUUUUCUCUCCCAAGGAUAGGAAGAGACAGGACCACUAUUGGUACAGAGAAAGUGGACUCUCCUGCUUUGAAAAUACAAUUUGUUUCAAUGUAUUUGACAAAGGACUUGAUAUCCUGGAUGAUCCUGGCAAAAUGGUUUUCAGUUUUCACUAUCAGCCUGAACUCCUUGUGGGAGAAAUCAAUUCAUGGCUCCAGCAUAGGGCAUUUUGUCUGGGGCUUGGUAUCUGUUGUGUAUAGCCCUUGUGUAUAGCCCUUGUCUUUCAGAAAUGUAGAACACCCCCCCCCC